GCUUCAUAGCCGCUCGCGUAAAGGCCAAGAGCCAGCGUUGGCCACAUGUGUUUUGCGGACCGUUUUUCCGUGGAAAAAGAUCGCCGAAAAUGUCGUGUUUACGUAAUCCGUGGUAACGUGACAUUGGAAACGUAGCUCCUGAUCUCGUUGCGGUUGUGAUAAAAUUUCUCGGUCCGUAGAAAAAGUAAAGCGGGAGGAAGAAUCAGGAAUUGUAAAGGAGAUCCACGACGAAGAUAAAUUACUCGCACCAAAGAGGUGUACAUACUCUGGUUGUCUGCUCCCUUCGCCGCACAUUGCACGUCCCAUAGUCGCGUGCGUUUAAUAGUCAACAUUUCAUCCAGAUAAAGGUACAUCAAAUCAUCGUUGUUCAAUAACUUCCUCGUGCCGGUUAGUUUCCGCUCGCCUCGUGAAAUCGCCGAGUCAGCGUGUUCUUAACCACGCAACCUCGUCGCGCCUCGUGUGUUCUAAGUUCUUCGAACGUGAUUGACUGUAUCAUUAAACGCAACACUUGUAUCGCUAAUCCGCUUAUUCUUCCUAUUUAUCGAAUCUCGAGAGAAUUUGGACACGCGUAGAGAAGAGGUGAACAUAUUUCGAAUAUUAAUCGGUAACGACCGCGUGUGUGCACGCCGCGCCUUCUGGAAAGAGCGAUCCCUCGUGACGAGCCCCUUAAGUGGGCGUUCUCUUGCGCCGUUAGAAGGACCAACGGUUGCAAAUCGACGAGUGUGUCGCAGACUUUCUCUAAAAAAUUGAACGUGUACGUGUGACACUGCACGGACUCCAGGGAGACAUGUAUCCGGACCACGACGCGGGGGAUGUCCCUAGAUUGGUGCUUUAAAGCCGAAUCGACGCACGAAACCUCUCGAAACAUUCAAUCUUGCGACGAAGCUACACCGGAGAAUUAAUGUGUCCGGGGGUGCUCGAUCUGUCUCAGGACUCCUUGUUUUGCCUGAGAGGAAGCAUCCUCCUGUAAAGAAACUUUUCGAGUCAGAUCCCUCGUGUUCCGGGACCUCGUGUUUUUGUCUUUCGGCGCGUACCGUUCAAAAUGGCGGCGAAGGUAUCCAGCGGCGCUCAGGGAAGUACCGAGAGAGAGGAGGGCCCCGGGGUCUCUUACGCAAGUAUCCUGAACCCCAAAAGUGGAACCGAUAACCGGCCUUCUAGUACCAAGGAUAAUAACAAGGAGAACAUUAGUGGUCAAGUGGUUCAACAAUCUAUGCCGAUCAAGGAUCGCAUUGUUUCUCAAAAUCUGAUUGCCAUGGGCAAGUCUUAUCAGAGGAGUGGAAGGAGAUUCAAUCCACAGAACAAGCCUUAUGGAAACGAACUGUCAUCUGCUGAACAGCACCAACCAGUUGUACAGAAGGAAGAGCCGGUACAGCAUAGACAGGAAGAUGUUCCUGAAAGGGAACAGACGAAUGGCAACGUGGGAAGCGACGGAGAGUUUCAAACAGUAGCACCAAAGAGUGCUAGGAGAAAGGAAAAAUUACGGGAACAACACAGAGAGCACAGAGAACGACAUAGACAUAGAGAACACAGGCAUCCACUUCGUGGACAUAAUGGAAGUAAUGAGAGAUCUCUUAAGGAGCAACGAGAUCGUGGAGAUAGAAUCGGACCUGAUCAUGUUGCUGGAAGUAAGGAAGUUCUAAAAGAUAGGGAAGAAACAGAAAUGGAAUUGGAAGUUCAAACUCAACCACCAGUUAAAUAUGUAGAAGCUCCUUUACCUACAAUUAAUCCUUGGACCAAAAGUAAACCCACUGCGCAAACAGCACCUUCGAAUCCUGUAAACCCUGUACCCCCUCCAAGUUUACCAAUUGUAGAGAAGCCGAGUGAAAAAGAAAAGAGGGUACUACAACCGCAACAGCAAGAAAUAAUUGAAAAUGGCAUUAACGCCGUAACUCAGCCGACCAUCGUCACAGCCACAAAGGACAGAAGAAAAUUUAAUCAAAAGGCGAGCGACUUCUCGGACAUCGGUGAUUGGCCAACCUUGGGCGCUCAAGGAGAGAAGAAGACAGCUGUGACAACACAGAAGCAGAACGGCGUUGUCGAGCCAAAUAACGCCAAUGAAAGUAGCGGAGCGAUAGAGAACAGAGGAAAAGAAAACAAAGAGCAGAAUCACUGCCAAGACGACAGCGACGACCAUACCGAAGGCAGCGAAAAGAAGAAGAAAGUGAGUAAACAGAAAUGGGUACCUCUUGAAAUAGAUAUAACAAAGAAUAGAAGUAAGAGGGAACGAUCUCCAAAGUACCACAACCAACGGGAAAAAAAUGGAGAAGGAGAAACAGAGUCGUACAGAGAUAGGGAGCAUGAGAGGACAGGAUACAGUACGAGAGGUGGGCGUGGUGGACGGAGUUACAGGGGCAGAGGUGGACGAGGUGGUAGAGGCGUUUAUAGGGGUAGUUUCAGGCACAGGCACGACCACGAUUACUUAAAUUACACAGCAGACUAUAUGCAGAUGCAUAAAUACGGACUUCCAGCUUACAUGAUGCCUUACAUGGGAACAUUUUAUUUCAAUAAUACAAAUUUCAUUAAUGCAGACGACACAACGACGCUCAAGGAAUACAUAAGGAAUCAAAUAGAAUACUACUUCAGCGAGGAGAAUCUUUUAAGAGACUUUUUCCUGCGUCGAAAAAUGGACGCGCAAGGAUUUUUACCUAUUACCUUGAUUGCUUCCUUUCAUCGCGUACAAACAUUGACGACAGAUGUGGCCCUUGUUAUCGAAGCGAUCAUGGAGUCCGACAAACUAGAACUGGUGGAUGGAUUCAAGGUCAGAACGAAUACAGACCCGUUGAAGUGGCCGAUCUUAGACUCAGCUGGAAAUCCUAUCUUUUCUGAAUCCUCCGACAACCCGAACCCAUCCCAAAAUGAAGUAAUAUUCCCCACGUCCGAAUCCGAUUUUUGCCCCGCAGCCAGACCCUUAUCAACGAUUCCUAUUCCCCCAGUUCCACGGGUUCUUCAAUCCAACCACGUUGUCUCGAGAGUAGGAAGGAUCAGCGAAUCGGAAAGCGUAUCCUCGUCGAUAGGCGACAAUUUAAAUCCUGACGUGCCGGAGUUCAUACCGAACGAAUUGACAAACAAAAACAACGAGCCUGUUGCACCGAACACUGCAAGUAGUGAUCCAACGAAGAACGAGGAACGAUCGGACGAAGUGAAAUGCAUUCCAGCGUCGUUGAGUAACGAUAUGUCCUCGAGCACAAACAAUGGGUCCCCUAAGAUAAACGAUAAAGCAUCCGCGGCGGUCAAGGGUUCUAGUCCAAGCCGAGUCCCAGAGGUAAAAGUCAACGGGGAAUUGCAAAAGUCGAGCGAUAACGUAUGGAAAGAGGUAAGGCGAAGGGUGAAACCGUCACAUAAGGAGAGAAACGAAGAGAAAGAGAAAGUUGAUAAUGUUAAAAGCGAAGAAAGGGAAGAGUUAGACUUUCAAUUUGACGAGGAACUCGAUACGCCACCUCCAACCGGACGACAUAAUGCGUUUUCUGAAUGGUCCGAAGACGAAGAAGAUUACGAAUUGUCAGACAGGGAUUUAAAUAAACUUUUAAUCUUCACGCAAACAACGGUGUCUAUGUCGACAACGCGGAUUCCAAAACACGAGGGUCAUGAUAGGACGGGUGAUUGGACAACGAGAGUGAAAAUGACUCAGGAUCUCGAACAAGCCAUCAACGACGGGUUGUAUUACUACGAGGAAGAUAUAUGGACGAAAGAUGGUCAAAGAUACAGUUCCUCUUCGUCGCUUGGAAGUUACAAAACGGUCAAUGUGAUUAGUCAAGAAGAUUUUGCAAAAAUGGCGCCUAAAGCACCCAAAAAAUCCAAUCCAGAAGUUCCUCCUCCACCUCCGUCUACGAUAGACGACAUCGAGGUAUCACAAUCGCUUCCAACACAGAUGCCAACAACUACAGACAGUCAAGAGAGGAGGGAUCGCAGGGCGGACAGAAAUCGCUGGAACGAUAAACAAAAAAAUAAUAAAAAUGGUAGAAGAGGAGUGGUUCCCCGCUUCUUUGCCGUGGUAAAGGACGAGCCCUCGGUUGAUCCAAGAACACCACGAAAGAGGAAAACACGGCACAGUAUCAAUCCACCUGUUGAACAUCAUGUCGGUUGGAUCAUGGAUGUCCGAGAGCACCGACCGCGCACCUAUUCUACAGGAAGCAGCGCGGGAACAAGUCCUAACGAAGGUUACCUAGCAAGUAGCUAUGGAAGCAUACCACAAUCUUUACCUACUUUCCAGCACCCGAGUCACGCUCUUUUGAAAGAGAACGGUUUCACGCAACAAGUGUAUCACAAAUACCACUCGCGUUGCUUAAAAGAACGCAAGAGACUCGGAAUCGGCCAAUCUCAAGAAAUGAACACACUCUUCCGUUUCUGGUCGUUCUUUUUGAGGGAGAAUUUCAAUCGUACCUUCCGAUUUUACAGUUACGGGUUGGAAAAGAGGUUCAGACAUCACCUUUACAAAGACUUCCAGGUCGAAACAAUACGAGAUUACGAAAGCGGUCAGCUGUAUGGCCUUGAAAAGUUCUGGGCGUUCCUAAAGUAUUACAAGCAAGCCAGUCAGCUGCAAGUGGAUCCGAAGUUACAGGAAUAUUUGUCCAAGUUCAAGAGCAUCGAAGAUUUCAGAGUCGUCGAGCCGCAAAUAAACGAAAUGCUCAAAGGAUUCGCCGCGAAUUCGCGAUGUCAAGCAGCGAAACGGCGCAACAGGAGUGUAUCAGAGAGUGCCGGUGGCGGGAACGCGUCACCGACAAGUCGAGUUCGUCGAUUAUCGGGCGGAUCCAGCACAGUAACACUACCAACCUCGAGUUCCGAGAACAAUCCCACCGCGCAAAAAUUACGCGUGGACACGGUGAAUCUGUCACAGUUCCGCAAUAGGGCCGGUUCGUUCGGCUCGGGACGAUUGGGCCAUUCCAGGAGACGAAACGACGGUUCGUCCGGCUCGUCGAGUAGCCAACGAGAUCUCAGUAAACAGCAACCGCGAAGCAGACAGAAUUCCGGCUCGUUCACGAAAACCCAAGAGGUGAGCAAGUCCCAGAACGCUACCAGAGAUCGGCAGCCGGCCGCCAUCGGAAAGUCGUCCGAGCAGAGCAAAUCGGUCACGAUCAAGACGGAGAACAACGCGUCGUCUAACGGCCAGAAGUGAUCGAUUCGAAACGAGAAGGGUAAGUGCACCAGAGGCACUUGCUCGAUCGCUAACACGUAUAAGUGCGUUACUCCCCUUGGGAUAGGAUACUCGUUCUAGCAAAAAGAACGUCCCGCGUUUCGAAUAACAAAACGAUCAUACACGCAGGAGUACACACACACACACACACAGGCGCACACAC